CCAACUGGUGCCGGGUGUGCGGAAAUAAAAAAGAAUAUAUCACUAAAUAAUAAUUUCAGAGAAGCUAAACCACUAAUAACAAGGGCAAUAGCCAUUGUUUCAAGAAAAAGAAAGAUGUCACAAGCGGUAGAGAAAAAUUAUGGAGAAAAACGAACCAAAAUACAUGAUACCAGAUAUAAAAACAAGAACAAGGAAACUGAAGAGUCUCAAAUGAAUAACAAUACCAAUAAGGAAUCUAACACAAACCUAACUAACUGGCACGAAGAUUUAGAACAAGAAUACAUAGUUAAGGGCACAACUAGCUCAGUAACAAAUGGUGUAGAUACUCCUCUAGACAUUAACAAAAGAACAGAAAAUUCUACGGAAGUGGAAAUAGAUGAUCAGAGAGAUCUUCUCGGUGAGAAAUCAGAUGAUAAAUUAGAUGAUACACCAAUAGCAGCAAAACGAAUAGAUAACCCAGAACCUGAAUUAGAGGCAACUAGCUCUAACGUUAAUGAAAAGUAUAUGCAAGAUGAAGACACAAAUGAAACAGAAACGAUCAUAACCACAGAUGACGAAAUCAUGAUAACAGAUACAGAAAGUCAAGAAUACAUCGAAAACACGACAGAAGUUCAAUCAAAUGACGGAUUCAGUAUACCAGAUGAUUGGAAAGCCUAUGUUACAGUAUGGAAACACCUAAAAGGACAAAUUGAGGAUACAUCAGAUAUCUGGCCCUGGCUGCCAGAUAAAAUUAAAGUCGCAAAUUUAUAUGCCAAUGCAUAUACAGUAAAAAUGGCAGUAAAGUUUCUAAGAGAAAAAUCAAUCAAACUUACGUUCACUCAACAGGAAACAAGUAAAAAGAGUCAGAAUAUCAAAUGGAAUUGGAUGUGCAUACAAGAUAAAAUAGACAAGAACAACAGAGGAAAUAUGGUUGAAUGCUGUUAA